CGGUCAUGGGCUUUGUUUAGUUCCAAACUCUCUUCCAAAUUUCACACUUUAGAUCCGGGGAAAAAAAAGAAGAAAACAUCAAGAAUCCAGGAACCCGUUUCAGAAUCCUGUCAUGCGCUCCCAUUUACUCUACCGCUCCCUAUAUUUCCAUCGACUCAGCAAGAGAAGUCGACGGAAAUCAAAAAGAGCGAAAAUGGCGAGGAGAGACGAUGACUACAAGUUUCUUCAGAUAGCAGACGCCAUAGCCUCAAUCAACCAAAGAGUCAAUCUCAUUGGCGUCGUCACUGAGAGUGGCCUUCCAAAGCAGUCCAAAGGCACUGAUUGUUGCGUUUCGAUCAGAAUUAUUGAUGAAUCGCGUCCCAGUCAUGGACUCUCAGUUAAUUUUUUCGCGGAGACAAUGGACAAGCUGCCUCAGGUGAUGGCGGAUGGAGAUAUUGUUCAGCUCUCUCAAGUUGUGAUGAAAACUUAUGGACCUGAUGCGGUUAAUGCUUCUUACAACAAGAAGUUCUCAUCAUUUGCGUUAUAUGAAGGAAAACACGGCACAAGUUUUACACCUUACCAGUGCUCCAAUAAAUUUCAUGCCAGAGAGCAAGAUAAUAAAUUUAUACUGGGCCUACGGAAGUGGUUGACUGGUGAGCACUGUGAUGCAGGUGCUAAAGCAACAACAUUCAUAACAAGACCUGCUGACUUGUUACAGUUGAAAGAUUUAAGGGAAGGCAUCCACUUCAAUUUGGUUUGUAAGAUUCUCCAUGCACGUGAAACAAAAAGAGAUGGGUGGAUGCUCUUUGUUUGGGACGGUACUGACACCCCGCCUCUUCCCAUACAUAACAAUUGCUUUGGAGAAGAAGAGUUAACCAAACCAAGCAUACCCAAUAUAACACACUUGGAAGGUGGGUCUGUGAAGGAUGGGAUGUUCACAAUUUUUGCUUUGCUUUGGAUUGGAAGAAUUAGAAGGGUGGUUGUUAUAGCUCAUGUCAUAGUCAUAGAUUUUGCUCCCUAGGCCGCGACUUCCGUAUUGAAUGAAAGAAAGAUUCACUCUUAUAAACUUUUUCAUCUUUUGGAAUCAUUAUUUGAGCGCUUGAGGUGAGUGGGGGUUCAAAGUAACCAAAAGGCCUUUGAAUCUUUGACUCCGGGCCUUAUAGAGAGUUGACGAUCCUCUAUAUGUGGUCAAGGAUAUGAAUCAACUCGAGCCUUUGAAUUCUUUUCUAUUUUUAAGUGCCCCCCCGAGAGACUCUCUCGAGCUACACUAACUCCGUUAAGCUUAAGGGUGCUUAACAAACCGAUACAACUUGAGAACCCGAGUCACACGAGCCUCAACACCUUUGCUCGGAGAUACCGCACUCCAAGACUUCUCACGAAGGAACAAGAAACUUCCUUCGAGUUUACAACAAGGGAACAAACUCCCUUAAAGUGUAUGAAAACACUUAAACACUCAGGAAUGAAACUCUCACAAAGAG